AUGGAGGACAUUGAAGACCUUGACGAGCAGAACCUUGCCCGGCUUGAGGAAGCGGCGCGGAAGUUUCGAGACCAGCGACGCGAACUCUCCGAAACGAAGACGCAAAACGAAGUACUGAACGAUCAACUCAAGAAGGCCAAUUCGCGCAUCCAAGAACUUGAGGAAAAGCUCGAAAAGUCGUUGGGUGAAGAGGAGCGGAAAGAAUAUUUCGAUUACCUGUUCACUACUACCGUGCUAGGAUCGCCUCAGGAGCUCACGAAAGAGCGAGAUGGCUUUGAGCGGGAAGUGCAAGCAAAGAACAAGGAGAUCAAAAGGCUUGAGAAGAAGCUGAACGAUUCCAAGGCCAAGGGCUUUCAGGAAGGAUCGAAGAAGUUGCAACUGAGAUCCAAGCGGAUGAGGGAGGUUCUGGAUGACUUCUCGAAAGAUGCGGGUGCUUCGGGCCUCAAACGAAGCAAGACAGACUAG